AGUCAAAGCGCCAGACUUUGCAGAGCAGCAGAGAAACGGAGAGAGCGCGCGGCACGCGUUGUAUCCAUGGACUACAGGAAUAUCUCGUUUCUUGUCCCCAACAUUUCUGCUUUUGUUGCAGUAGACGUUUACCGAUUACUGCUACUUACCUCCUUUCAAUGCCCUAAACGGGUUUUGUUUCUUGUCGGACUGUAACGUAAUUCAUUGGGUAAGUAAGUGCUGGGGGACAUCCUCACUGUUGUUUCAGGACUGGGACAUCAUAUUUGCGUGAAUAUUUUGGAUAUUAGAUGAGCGAAAAGUUCUGGACCUCUCAUUUUGGACACCAGAGGCGUGUUCUUCACCAGCGUGAAAGUACGACACAACUUAAACACUUUUGUCCACCGAAAAAUUGAAUUAUUUCUACCGGGUGGAUGUUAAUUUUAUCAACGGGAGCAAAAAUACAACUCCCAAGUCCUUGACAGAAAUGCUAAUGCUGCGGCUGAUGGAGAAACAUUUCUAAAAAAUCACCCGCAGUGGACCUGGCGCCUCGCAUCAGUCUGCGUGCGCUUCAAAACGUUUAACUUCACCCCAUGUACAAUCAUAAUAUUGUUUGAAAUUCAUCCCAAAUCAGAUUCAUACAUUGACCAUAUGGCUUUGCCUUCUCAAAUUUGACAAUUACUUGGGACUUUCAGUUGAGGUCAUUGACUCCUUUGAAUGGAACAAAGGAGGUUGAUGUUUCUGAAUCUGCUUUCUUUUACAAACAUUCAGAGAUUUGUUCUCAGAGUCUUUCAGAUGUGGAUGUUGCGGUUACACCAUCUCCUCAAGCGCAGAGGGAUCUAGUGAAGUUCAACCCUCCACCAGUCUUUUGUCUCUAUUAGGUCCCAUUCAUUUGUCUUGUAGGGGGAUCAUGGAAGUCCAGACAAGGGGAACCUGGAUGGCCAUGGCGGUCUCAGACUGGGUCAGUGGAUUGGGAAUUCUCUUAAUCUUCCUGAUGGAGAGUUUAGCAGUGGAUGCGACCAACAUGGAGCCAGUCUACUGGAACUCUUUGAACAGAAGGUUUGGAGAUGAGAGGGGCUACAUACUCUACCCUCAAAUAGGGGAUCGUUUGGACCUCGUUUGUCCUGCCACGAGUCCAUCAGGGCCGAACUCUCCUCCUGAGUAUGAGUAUUAUAAACUGUACCUGGUGUCCUCACGAGAGCAGGCCGACAGGUGUGAGGUGAUGGGCGCCCCGAACCUGUUGCUCACCUGUGACAAACCCAACAGCGAUAUGAGGUUUACCAUCAAGUUCCAGGAGUAUUCGCCCAACCUGUGGGGUCACGAAUUCAAGAACUUACGAGACUAUUACAUCAUAGGCCUGCCCUGGCACAGCUGCAGGAUAAUGAGGUCAUGGAAGGCCCUCUUGCCAGCAGGAACUUGA